AUGGCAACGAAACAAUUCUUUCUCUUGGGCCAAGCGCCAUCAAGCGCUAGAGAUAUUGAACUACCAUCUGGUGUGGACUUUGAGGAGCUUCAGAACAUUGUCGCAUCGCACUUUGCCAUCGUCAAACCAAAUGGUGUCGGCUUUGUUCAUGGCGAUCGAAGGCUGACUGCACUAUCCGAUGUCUUGGGCAUAGACGAGCCCAUCUCUGUCUCCAUCGACGGCAAUGCUGUUCGUGAUGUACCUGGCCCAGCUGGCAUUCCAUACUUUGGUAACUACCUUGAGAUUUACCCCGAUCAUCUCGGCAACCAUCAGCGUCUCUUUGAGAAAUACGGACCAUUGUUUGUAACAAAUAGCAUGGGCAGUCGCCUCUAUCAGACCAACUGCGCCGAACUCUCCAACAUCUUUCUCGCCGAAGACCACUACUUCACAAAGGACAUCGUCCCCGGCCAUCCACUCCACCCAAUCAAGAACCCAGAAGCAGGCGUAUUCCUAUCAGAUACAAACACCGAACAAUGGCGUCUCGCUCAAAAAUUCCUCCCGCCCGCGCUAGGUCCAAAGGCCGUUCGCCAUUACGCCCCAACGAUGCAGAAGACAGUAGAGCAGUCCUUUAAAGUCUUCGAUGAGCUCGAUGCCAAGGGCGAGGCGUGGAACGUCUACCAGUAUAUGCUGAAGCUUGGCUCGCAGGCAGUGGGUAAGCUUGUCCUAGGUAUGGAUUUCGGGCAUUUCCACGAGGUGGAUUCUCCACUACACGAAAUGGUCCUCAAGAUUGCAGAGAACCUGGAGUUGAAUAAGCGUGUGUCGUCUAUGGGGGCUUGGUAUGCUAAGAUGCCGUUCGGUGAUCCUAAGAAGAUGAGACAAACGGGGGCCAGGAUCAUGGAGAUGAUGGCGGAGUCGAUUGCGAGAGCUUCAAAGGGACAGGAGGAUCUGGAGCUCCAGGAUGCGGCGCUGAAAGCUGAGAAUGUUGUUGAUUACUUCCUCCGAGCAAAGGACAACAAGGGAAGCAAGCUACCGCCCUCGCAAUUCGCCCCGACCUUGCUUGUCGCUACUGGCGCCGGCUUCACCACCACGUCGUCCUUGCUAUCCUGGCUGAUCUACAGUCUUGUCAAGUACCCAGGCAACCAAGAACGUCUUCUUCAGGAGCUCAUCGACAACGACUGGGAUGACGAUACGCAAGUCACAGCCGAGACAACCAACAAGCUCAGCUUCCUUGAUAAGUUCAUCAAGGAAACCCAACGCCUGCACAAUCCUUCCUUUCAGCCCGGUCGCACCGCCAAGGUUGAUAUGAUUCUCCCAGGAGGUUACAGACUCCCCAAAGGCGCCGUCGUAAUCUCAGCACUGCAUCACAUGCACAACAACAAAGACGUAUGGGAGAACCCUGGCCGUUUCGACCCUGAUCGAUGGGACACAGAAAAGGUCAAGAAUAGACCUCCUGGCUCCUAUAUCCCCUUCGCAGCAGGUCCCAGAAUGUGCGUGGGCUUUAAUUUUGCAUUGCAGGAGAUCAAGGUGUUUUUGCCGAAUCUUGUGUAUCGAUACAAGUUCAGCUUGGCGCAGGAUGGGCCUAUUGACUAUGAUCCGUACUUCCAGCUGAUUCGGCCGAAUAACUUGUAUGUUCAGGCGGAGAAGAGGGUGAAAUGGCCACCAAAGUCUGAGUAA